AUGGGAUCAUCAUCGUCAUCGUCAUCAUCUCCACAGGUUCCUGCAAUGUUUGUGUUUGGGGAUUCUUUAGUUGACAAUGGAAACAACAACUACUUGAGCUCUUUGGCAAGAUCAAAUUAUAUGCCUUAUGGUAUUGAUUUCACUGGAGGUCCUACUGGCAGAUUUUCCAAUGGAAAAACCAUCAUUGAUUUUCUAGGAGAUUUUUUGGGUCUUCCUCUUCUUCCAGCAUUUGUUGAUACCUUCACAGGAAGUGUAGAUAUUCUGAAAGGUGUAAAUUAUGCUUCUGCAGCAGCUGGGAUUCUUGAUGAGACAGGAAAAAAUCUAGGAGAUCGGUAUAGCCUGAGACAAGUCGAGAACUUCGAAAGCACAGUGAGGCAAUUGAAGAGUCUCCUUGAUGACAAUGGACUUUCUCAGUAUUUGGCUAAGUCCAUAGUCAUUAUAGAACUUGGAAGCAAUGACUACAUCAACAAUUAUCUCAUGCCUUCAAUCUACUCCUCUAGAUACAUCUACACCCCAAAUGACUAUGCUGAUAUCCUCGUAACAAAUCUCGCAACUCACGUCAUGGCAUUGCAUAGGUUGGGGCUUAAGAAGUUUCUGUUGGCAGCAAUUGGACCAUUAGGUUGCAUGCCAAACCAGCUAGCCACUGGGGCUGCGCCACGAGGUGACUGCGUCUCAAUUGUGAAUGACAUGGUUAGAUUGUUUAACCAGCGGCUCAGGUCUCUUGUGGAUCACCUCAACACCAACUCCACAGAUGCAACCUUUGUGUAUGGCAAUACUUACUAUGCUUUCCUCGACAUACUAAACCACCCCAAUGAUUAUGGAUUCAGAGUGACUGAUAGAGGGUGCUGUGGUAUUGGAAGAAACAAAGGGCAAAUAACUUGUCUUCCAUUAUCAAUACCUUGUUUCAACAGAGAAGAAUAUGUGUUUUGGGAUGCCUACCAUCCAACCCAAGCCUUCAAUCAAAUUAUUGCUCAAAGGGCUUAUAGUGGCUCACAAGCUGAUUGCUAUCCCAUCAACUUAAACCAAUUGGCUCACCAAUGA